UAAAGUAUCAAUUUUUAGAUAGUAUUACCUGGAUCAAUGUUGAAGGCUACUGUUGUGUCAAAACAAAUUUCAGCUACUGCUGGGUCAGUGCUCUUAGCAGAUAAAUGGGGAAGAUGUCCACUGCUUUUGCAAGCUGUCUCUGAAAUUAAUGUAUGGGGUUUUACUCCUGCUGAUCAAAGAGGGCAAGUUUUCGGCCAAUUAGUGGUUGCUGAUGGAUAUGCAUCCAAUAAGCCAAUUUUCGCCAAGGGUGCCUAUGUGGGGUUGGCAGCACCAGGGAAUUUGGGUUCAUGGCAAACACAAACCAAGGGUUAUCAGUUCUGGACACAAGCUGACAGGAAAGGUGGGUUCUUUAUUAACAAAGUCCGACCAGGGAUUUACAAUUUGUAUGCAUGGGUUCCUGGUGUUGUCGGAGACUAUAAAUUAGAUGUUGUAAUAGCAAUCAACCCGGGAAGCAACACCAAUAUGGGUUUACUUACAUAUAAUGAUAUUUAUUUAUGAUAUUUUUUCAGAAACAUUCAAGAUGGUAAAAAAAAAACUUGAUUUCCAAAUAAAUCAAGCAAAACAUA